AUGUCUAGCAACCUUACGUCAUCUCACCUAAUUUCAAGUCAAUCUGCUUUGACGUUGUCAACUCUGUUCUUGUUGCUGUUUUCUGGUGAUGCUUUUGACUAUCAUCCUUCUACUCACUUGACUUCGUCAUCAUCUGCUGACCUCAUCUUUCACAGCUCGCGACCUAAAGGGAGUGCGGAGAAGGGCCUCGACGUGGAGGAGAAGAGCAAGAAGUGUGGAGUCGGGCUGGUGUUUCGACCUACCCGAGCUGCAGAUGGUCGGGUUGAGCUCAAGGUGUUCUCGCUUAUCCCCAAGAGCCCAGCUGACAUGUGCGGGAUGAUCCGACCCGACGACACGCUGACACACGUUGAUAACAUCGACGUGAGUGACUUCACGGUGAACGAAGUCGCGCCGCUCGUGGUCGGAGAGCGAGGAUCGGAAGUUCGUUUGACCUUCAGUCGUGGCGAGGAGGUAGAGGAGGCGAGGACGAUUGACUGA